AUGGCACAGUCCAGCGGCAUCCCAAUCUCAAUACUGCCUGAGAACGACUUGCAACACUUCCGCCUCCUCGAGCUGCCCGCUGAACUGCUAGCAUUGGUUUCGUCGGAGUCGCCGCCGCUAUUGCAGCUCAAGUCGGUUGAGACCAUUGAUGGAACAGCCAAAGACGCCAAUGCCGUGCUGUGCACUCCAGACAAGACAUACGAAAUUCGGCAGGUCAACACUUCGAACAGUGUUUACUUGACACAACCAUGCACCAACGGAGACGGAGGUGGCUCGAACGACGCGCUUGAGGCUAUAGCAAAGUGUGAUUCAACCCUUGAGCUGACCCCACUGCCCAAACGACCUGCGACAUCCUACAUCAAGAAAGCCUUGCCUGUCUACGCUUCCACUGGAAACUAUGGAUCCACAAGAUCGGUGUCGAAGGCCGAGCUGUUCUCCAACAUUCCCCUGAGUCAGGCCGAAUCCGAAGACGGGUGGAAAGAAUUGGCUUGCUUUGAGUCCAUCGACCCAUCAGGGUCCUUCAUCCCUAGCGCUAAGGUCAAGGCACAAGUCUGGGAGGCCGCUUUUACAGCAGCAAUAGCAGAAGGCGCGAAUCUGCAAGACCCAUUCAUCGCGGACGAUAUCCCUGUCUUCGGCAUGGAUUUGAAGCAAGACUGGCCGCUCGAGCUGCUUUCAGGGGUGUUUGCCGGCAUAUCCUCCAGUACAGCAGGUGGAAAUCUGGCCAUUGACGAAGACAAAUGCAUUCGCUUCGUUGGUCUGAGUCAAUUGGAAGCGAGAUCUGCUGGACGAGCUACAGACCUGGCCGCCUUCCUCCAAGCAUGGAAAGAUACCGUACCAGAGGCCUGGCGAACCAAGUGCGAGAUGCCCGUCUUGAAAGGCUCGUACAAUCUAUCAGACGGCGGAAAAUCAAUCACCUUCAUCGACGGCCAAACCUCCACUGACAGCUCCAAGGGCGCAGCUGAGGAAGCCAAAUCCGCACUGGGAGCAAAACGAAAAUGGCACGAGAAGUUCAAAUCAUCAAAACGGACUUCUUGA